AUGACGGGAAGGAAUCAAACUACUGUCUCAGAGUUUCUCCUGCUGGGACUGCCCUUCGAGUCAGAACAUCAAAACCUGUUCUAUGUCCUGUUCUUGGCCAUGUACAUUACCACCGUCCUGGGGAACCUUCUCAUCCUCUUCCUCAUAUGCCUGGACCCCCACCUCCACACACCCAUGUAUUUGUUUCUCAGUAACCUGUCUUUCUCUGACCUCUGCUUCUCCUCUGUCACAAUGCCCAAACUGCUGCAGAACAUGCAGAGCCAAGACCUGUCCAUCCCCUACGCUGGCUGCCUGACACAAAUGUACUUCUUCCUGUUCUUUGGAGACCUGGAGGACUUCCUCCUUGUGGCCAUGGCCUAUGACCGCUACGUGGCCAUCUGCUUCCCCCUGCACUACACCGCCAUCAUGGGCCCCAGGCUCUGUCUCUCCCUGGUGGUGCUGCCCUGGGUACUGACCACGUUCCAUGCCAUGUUACACACCCUGCUCAUGGCCAGGCUGCAUUUUUGUGAAGACAAUGUGAUCCCCCACUUUUUCUGUGAUUUGUCUGCUCUGCUGAAGCUGUCCUGCUCUGACACUCGAGUGAAUGAGCUGGUGAUAUUUUCCGUCGGAGGGCUCAUUAUCAUCAUCCCAUUCCUACUCAUCAUCAUGUCUUAUGCACGAAUCGUGUCCUCCAUUCUCAAGGUCCCUUCUGCCAAAGGCAUCUGCAAGGCCUUCUCCACCUGUGGCUCCCACCUCACUGUGGUGUCUCUCUUCUAUGGGACAAUUAUUGGUCUCUAUUUAUGCCCAUCAGUUAAUAAUUCCACCGUUAAGGAGACUGUCAUGUCUAUGAUGUACACAGUGGUGACCCCCAUGCUGAACCCCUUCAUCUACAGCCUGAGGAACAGAGACAUGAAGGGAGCUCUCAAAAGAGUCUUUUGUAGAAAGAAAAUUCACUUCUCUCUUUGA